AUGUCAUCAACUCCAUCAUCAUCACCAACCAAAAGGUCAGUCUUAUCGCCAAAACCAACGAAUUUCACAUCUCCAAUCAAAAAACCCACCACAAGAUCACAAUUCUCCCCAAAAAAAUCGAUUUCAAAACCAUCAACACCAUCUAAAAAGAAAUCAUCAACUUUAGGUUUUACUAUAUGGGAGGAUAAACAAAUUACAACAACCCAAGAAGUAGUAGGUACUCCAACAUCAAAUAAACAAAACCAUAAUGAUCAAGAAAAUAUUCUUCAACCUAAAAAAAUUCAUAAUAUACGAUCAAUUCAACGUCAACCAUUAUCUAAUUUAAACAUUUCAGAAUUUAAAGGUUACAUCACUAAAAACAAUGAAACUACUCAAUUAACUGAAUUAUAUAACUCACCGAAUUUUAAUAAUGAUUUUAAAUCAUUACAUAAAUUUAACAACUUACCUUGUUUUGUUACACCAACUAAAAAAGAAAAAUAUUUAACUUCAUCAUCAACUUCUUCAAAUUAUUGUAUCCAAAAGCAUAAAAGGUCAUUAUCUGUUGGUCAUAAUGAUUCUAAAUUGGAUUUAAUUAAAAAAAAUGGAUUUACUAUUUUAUCUAAUUAG